CGGAAGUAGAUUAUCAAUCACCAUUUUUCGAUAGUCGCAAACCGCCAUGACCGAGAACGACAAACCAUCAGAUGUGUCUACGACACGUUUACUUCUAGAAAUUGACACAGAUGGAGAAGGUGAUGACGACAUACAUUUCUGUAAAAGAUGUCGUCUCAUGUUCACAAGUCUUCAAGAUUACCUUGAUCAUAAAGUACAACAUGACAAAUACAAAGUUAGUUUCACAAGGAACGGUAAAAACAGGAAGCUGAUUAUUCCUAAGCUAAUACAACCAGAGGAUAUUAAACAUGAACCAGGAAAGUCCAAUGAAAUUACUGAUAAUACGGAACAAAUAAUUCACAAGAAGAAAAGAGGUAGAAAAAGAAAAAGUGAGGAGGUGUUAAAGGAACAAGUACCAGAAGAGAAUAACAUCUAUAACACAUCAUAUACCUGUAUGAAAUGUGAUUUGAAAUUUAACAGAGAGGCAGCCUUGAAGAGACACAUAGCUUUUGUUCAUGAUGAGGAAACCGUAGAAGAUUCAGAUGAAGACAAGAUAGAUGAAGAUUAUCUGGAAGAAGAAGAUGAUGAUGUGGAAGACGAUGAAAAGAGACCACCUAGAAGUCCUAAGCAGUAUAAUAUCAUAAAGAAUUCAGAUGGGGGAGAAAGACCUUAUGAAUGUCACAUUUGUCAUAAUAGGUUUAAAGAGGUCAGUAUUUUGAAAACCCACAUGCUGACCCACAGUGAUAACAGAGACUUUCCAUGCUCAAUACAAGGUUGUACCUAUGCUUUUAAAACAAAAGGUGCUUUAAAGCGUCAUCUCAGAAGACAUACAGGAGAAAGACCUUAUUCUUGUGAGGCAUGUGGUCGUAGUUUUACAGAAUCUGGUGCUCUGACUAGGCACAUGAGAUCAAGAGUGCCUUGUACUAAUAAGUCGGAUAGCGAUUUACCAAGGUAUAAAAUGAAAUGGAAUCUGCCAAAUCAAACCAUUCACCAAAUUGGUGACCCUGACAUACAGGAAGUUGAUGAAGAAUCGUCUGUUGUACAAAUAUCUGACCUAGUGGCUGCAGCCUUGAACUCUGACACCCUACAUACUAAUGCUGACGGUAGUAUACAGGUAGUAAUUUCAGCAGAUCAAAGUGAUAUAAGACUGACGGGGCUGGAUGGCAAUUCUGAUGAAGUUGUGGUUAUCAACCUCGGAAAUGCUGAACAAGAAGAGACAAUUUCCUCAACACACUGUCAGGUCUGUGAAGAGCAGUUACCAACAAUAUACCAGCUAAAGGAACAUCUGAGAAAGCAUAUAACAGAUCAUGCUAAUAGAUGUAAAAUAUGUCAUUUUAUAUCAGAGGAUCAAGAACAGCUGAUGAAACAUUACACAGCACAUCACCCAGAUGAGAGUGAUGACAUACUUGCAGUACCUUUUAAAGAAGAAGGUGCCAAGGAUGCAUUAAAGCAGUUACUAGAAUUACCAGAUGAAGAUGAAGAAAAUGACAAACUAACACAGAAAUGUCCUGUUUGUCUAAAACCAUUUAGAGGGAGUUCAUAUCUCAAACUACAUAUGAAAUCACAUAUAGGUGAAAAAGCUCAUAAAUGUACUGUUUGUGAAAAAAGUUUUAUAACCAAAGACACUUUAAAUAAACAUAUGAGUGUUCAUAAUACAGAAAGGCAAUAUAAAUGUGGUGAAUGUGGUAAACUGUUCAAAAGGAUCUCUCAUGUCAGGGAACAUCUCAAAAUACAUUCUGUUGAUAGACCAUUUCCUUGUUCAGUCUGCUCAAAGUCCUUCAAGUCAGCUAAUGCUAUGAGGGUACACAUGAGAACACAUACCAGUAUUUUACCAUAUGAAUGUAAAUUUUGUCAUCGUAAAUUUCGAGAGAAAGCAUCACUGCUGCGACAUGUUAGAAUGCAUACAGGAGAACGUCCAUUUAAAUGUAACAGAUGUGGUAGGGCAUUUGCUGAACAUGGUACACUUAACAGACAUCUAAAGGCAAAAGUUCCAUGUACUGGCCAUUCAUUACCAAUUCAUCAGGACCAGACAGAUUAUAAUGCUACAGUUUUAUCAGAAUUUUCCUCUGUUGUUGCAGACACUCAGCAGUAUAUCAUGUCUGACACUACUGAACAGCAGGUAGAAGAAGCCACAGAAUAUGUUGUUGUUCAGACAGGUUCAGAUGACUAUCAGAAUGUUGAGAUUAUUACUGAGGAGGAAGUUAUAGAUGGUAUGGAGGUCUCAAGAGAUUAUAUACUAUUGAAUGAAGAAGGGGGAAAUGUCAGAAUAGUAGAUUCUAAAACUGGAGAGACAAUUGCAACAAUGCCAGCAUCAGCAUUAACUGAUUCUUCUUCAUCAGGGGAGAUAAUUGCCACUAUACCACCGAACUAUACAGAAGUGGAAGAAUCAGUCAGUGACGAUCAAAUUGCUCAAUCACUUAUUCAGGCUAUAGAAGAGGGAAAUACCAUUGUAGAAAAUGUGCAAGUGACAGAAAUGCAAAUUGUAGAACACAAUGAGGAUCAAGUUUCUAAUUGAUGAUGAUAAUACUAAUUUAUAUUAAAGUUCUUGUGAAACA